CCAACAACUGCCGAUCAGAAACUGCGCGUGACGCUGCGGCCCAAGUUUGUCGUCAGUAUUCAGCUCGCCGGCGUUUGGAUGGCUGCAACGCUCUCCCGCCCGGAAUCCCAUCUCGCUUUUGCAUCCUUGAGAUCAUGCUCGGGAUCGUCAUUCUCGCUUCCUGUUUCGCAAUUCAUAAGGAUUCCCUGACUUGCUGCAGAGGAUGAACGCUUUGUGCUCAAUCGUACGGCGCCUUCGAUCUUCUGUCCAGCAAGCAAGCAGCAUGAAGUUUGAGCUUCCUUGCACUACGACAGCCUCCAAAAUUGGACCGAUGCAACGCAUUGGGAUCGGAAUCCGGAGUAUGGUGCUAUGAUGAACUGGCAGAUCUGGUCGCCACCUGUCGUUUGAACAGCUCGAGAAUCCCCGCAAUCCCACAUAGGGAUACGAUCUAGCCUCAGCCCUCGUCCGCUACUCUGCGGGCUAACAGCGGCGCGGACAUCUCGUCCCUGACACGACGGCUCGCGCGCAAAGCGAACAGAAAAACGUUUCAGAACGGAGAGAUGAGCAUAAAUAGCACAUUGAUUUGCGUGCUCGUCUCCGCUCACCAUGCUCGUCUACUCACUGCUAGCUCUCCUCCCUGCCGCGAGCCUCGUGCGGGCCCAGGUAGUCGCGCCAGGCAUCGAGCCGUUCGCGCUGUGUCUGCAGGGCACCGGCCUGAAGGUGGAGCUGCCCACGAACGCCACCUGGGACGCCUCGACCGCCGCCUUCAACACACGCUUCCACUACACCCCAGCGGCAAUCGUGUACCCGACCCACGCGGCCGACGUGGCCCAGGCCGUGCGCUGCGCAGGGCUGUUCGGCGUCCCGGUGUCGCCGCUGUCCGGCGGCCACUCGUACGCGGCGUCGGGGUACGGCUCGCGCGACGGCGAGCUGGUCGUCGCGUUCCGCGACAUGGCCGCCGUGACGUACUCCGCGGCCGGCCAGACCGCCGCCAUCCAGCCGGGCGCGCGGCUGGGCGAUGUGGCGCUGGCGCUGUUCAACGGCUAUGGCCGGGCACUCGCGCAUGGCGUGUGCCCGUAUGUCGGCGUUGGUGGACAUACUGCUUUUGGGGGCUGGGGGUUCGCCUCGCGCAACUGGGGCCUCAUGAUCGACCAGGUCGUCGCUGCUGAACUCGUCCUCGCUAAUGGAACGCUGGUGCACGUCAGCAACACCCAGCAUCCCGAGAUAUUGAAGGGCGUACGAGGGGCGGCCUCGUCCUUCGGCAUCGUCACGCAGUACACAUUCCAGACGCACGCGGCCCCGUCCAGUGUCGUCCGCUUCUCCUUCUCAUACAGCAAUCCGCAGCUGGCGCCGGCCGCGUUUGCCAAGGUCAUGGGUGCGUACCAGACGUGGGCCGCGACUGUGCCGAAGCAGAUGGGGAUCGAGGCGAACAUCUGGGACUCGGGCAAGACGAUUGAGCUCGGCGGGUACUACAUGGGCCCGCUGGACCAGUUCAACGCAACCUUCACCCCGCUGUUGAAAGCGGCCGGGGAGCCGAAUGGCCGGUACGUACAGGAACGCAGCUGGAUCGACGCGCUGGUCGAGGUCAACGGAGGCUCUCCGCUGUCCACCAUUGGCAAACCAGAGAUGCACUCGACGUUCUACGCCAAAUCGCUCGUCGUCCCCACCGCGAACCCGCUCUCGCCAAACGCAUUCUCCGCCCUCGCGGCAUACUUCUCCGCGCACCCCGCGCCCGCCGGCACGUCCUGGUUCAUCCAAUUCGAGCUCUGGGGCGGCGGCGACAGCCAAAUCUCCUCUGUGCCUAGCACAGCCACGGCGUACCCGCACCGCGCGCACCUCUUUACGAUCCAGUUCUAUGCAUACGCGACACCGGGGACGUGGAGCGCCGCGGGGGGCGUGCCGUUCGUCGACGGGCUCGUCGCGGCGCUGCAGCGCAACUCGCCGGGGACGAAGUUCGGCGCGUAUGCGAACUACCUCGAUCCGGACUUGAGGGACUGGAGGGAGAUGUAUUGGGCGGGGAACUACGCGGCGCUGGAGCAUGCACGGAUGAGCGUCGAUCCGCAUGGACUGUUCGUUAAGAAGCAGUCGAUUGGGGCUGAGAAGUACCCGGUGUAGAUCACUCAACCGUGGGAAGAUUGUUCCCACGGUUGAAUUGAAGUUGUCAUUGCAAAAGUGUAAUAUACAUAUUAGUUCCUCGAAGAUACGAGAGAUGAGGGGGGUGCACGAUCGUAAAAACACUCAAGACUGCACAGAGAUUGUAGAUGCCGUCUUUGGCACGAACACCAGCGCGGAGCAAGGGAUGCUCCCUUCAUUUUGCUAGGCCGAAUCGGACCGAAUCUCCUUACGAACUCCGAGCUCCUCAAGCUGUCUCAUCAACGUAUUCACUUUCGUUUGGCCCGCUGGAUCCGAAUGCAUCAUCUCGGCUACCAACGGCCGCAUGCAGUCCAAUGGCCCGUUUUUACUCGUUCUCUUGGACUCUGCAUUCGUAUCG